UCAGUCUCUUCGUCGUUUCACAAGUUAUUUCAUCAAUAUUGUGCUAGGUAAAGAUAAUAUAAUAGUCUCUUGGCUUGGCUAAGUGCUUUCGUAUACAUAGUUACAAAUAAAGCACAGACAUACUGGAUGCCGUUAGAAUGGGAAAGAGGUUUCUGUGUGCAAGUGAAAUUGAGAAGAAACGUGUUUGGCGCGAUUUACCAUAGCAUAUAUGCCAACUCUCCCGGAUUAUCCGGGAGUCUUCCGGAUACAGAGCCAAUCUCCCGCUCUCCCGUACGGGUGACCAAAACUCCCGGAUAAAAGUUGAGAUAAUUAAACACUGAUGGGCGAGGCAAAAGACGUAGUGAAGUUGGAAUGGGGGAUGGAAGGUUGGAAGGACAAGACUAAGGCUAUGAAAGAGGAGAUAAAACGUCAAAGUGAAGCGAACGAACUGUUCUUUGUGAAAAAUGCCAAGCAACUUGACCUGUCCAACUUUCUGGAGGAAAGCACCAACAAGUACACCUUUGCAAUUAUGGGAAUGAGUGGAGCAGCCAUUGUAAAUCUUCUUCGCACGAUCAUCAUGGAGUACCGUGAAAUAGACAGUGGUCCUUACUACUUCAAGUUUGCGGCUGAUAAAAAGUUUAAGGUGGAGCUCAUGCCCACAGCACUCUAUCCUGGACAUGGGCUGAUUAAAGUCGUAGGCAGAUUGAAGUAUUACUCUUACCAUGAAAUGUGCGCGUUACUGGCUAAGAGUGGCGUGACAAGCAAAGGGCUUGGUGAUAUGACGCAUAAACUGAAUACCAAAGGCAUGAAGUCUGCGUUAUUUAAUGCGGUUAGUCCCAUGAACGAACUCCACUUUAUGCUACUCUUUGAGAUCGCACGGAGACUGGUGCGGGAUUCAAACGGGAAGCCAGUGUCGACAGAUCCCGUGCUCGACCUGCUUCCCUCGGGCGUAAUCAUUGGUCGAAUCAUCGAGCUUUUACGCGUGGAGAAAGACGUCGUACUGAGUUACGACAAAGUCUUCGGUGAUCAGCAGCCUCUCAAUUGGAUAACGGAGAACAACACUAUACUCAAACGCCAGAAAAUGACUGCCAUUAAUAAAAUGUUCUUUGAAAAAUUUGUCGAGGGUCAGCAAGACGAAGUCCCGUUUAUUCGGAGGUUUCUGGAGGAGAAUAAGAACGGUUACAUUAUCAAAACUUUGAAGGGGUACCUUGACGAUUUAAAAGAAGUAUUUGGCGAAAUGUGACGUAUCACGGAUGAAUUCUAACAUGUCGCACCCAGAUCUCUCUCUAUUUAGGGAAAGUGGGGUGCCUGUGUGAAAAGUAGAAACUGGGUACGAUGUUAACUUGAACUACAAAAACAUAUCAUAUUUUAUUUAACAUAGGAAGUUUACAAAAGCGCAAAAAAUUUAGUAUUUAAAAUGAAAACAUUACUUGUUUUUCUCUAUGAACAUUAUUGAGCUAAUUUGAUGUUCCUCCGACAAUGUUCCUCAAAGAGAUAUAAAAUUACAGAUUUACAGCACGUCUUGCUCGCUAAAUUAAACAGGGACAAAAAAAAUAUGUGUUUCUUCGGAAAUAAACUUUUUUCAGAUUUUUUUGCAUAUGCGUAGUCAAACUAGUUUGCGUUAUGUGUGAGUGUUACUGAUAAGUAAGUGAGUCAGAAACUUACACACUCUUGAAGAUUUUGUAAGUGCAGCCACAAGACUCCUUUUUAUCUGGGGACAACGGACGGAAUCGAACACUUAUCUAACAGUGAAGAGGCAUAGGCAUAAUGUUACAACGAGGGAAGUCGUGUUCUGGCUGUGUCUUAGUAGAAUUUGAGUCAUUAUCAUUACUUAUUUGCACCAUGAAAUACUAUCAUUUUCAUAUGGGAGUUAGGAAGAGAGAGGUACAUAACGUCAAUGCCUCUCUCCUUCACUUUCCCACGCCUUAGUUACACCAUUUUCUAUCAUGAUUCUCCUUGCAGGCCCGGCAGGAGUUUUAAUUUUACCUUGGUGAUUGAUAUUUCUAAAUCUUUUACUAGCUUAAGUCUCCCUCAUUAUCAUAACUUUAUUUACAACUGAAAAUCAUUUUUUAUUCGUUAGCGGUUGGUGGCUGUCAGCCUUCGUGAAAGUUGGUUCCGCAGGGAUUUACACUUUUGGAACUUUGACGCGAUCAAGAUUCAAGUACUAUCUAGGUUUGACUGCAGGUUUCUCGAUUGAAAUAGAAAAAUUGAAAUUAGAAAUCCUUACGAAACGAACCAUGCGUAAAGGAUCUCAGCAGGUUAUCGAAGGUGCAAAGGUUACCACUGAAUGCAAUGUUGAAAGAGUAUAUUUAUACGAAAUUCUUGUCGCCAUCAUUUCGUAGCUGGUUUACCUUUUACUUUUAAUUAAUAGUAAGAAUAAAAGAAGAAUCCAAUAUAUUA